AUGGUUUCCCAAUAUCAUUAAUUUUAAACGGGUAAUUAAUUAAUCAUUUAAAGACAUUCAAAAUCAUUUAAACUUUUAUCAAAAAUAUUCUUUUUAUCAGAUUUGAAAGUAAAGAUAUUAUAAUUUUAAAAAUAAAUAAUGGGAAACGAAUGUUGCAGAUGUGAUUGUGAGUAAGAUAAACAUCUUCCUUUGGAAUAUGAGGUUUCAGUAAUAACUUAAUCUGAAGUAGGAGAUGAUUAUUAUUGGAGAGGAUAUUAACCAGGUUAUGAAAAGGCUGGUUAACAUCUUUCACAGGAAUAUGUUAAGAGAGCAUGCUAUUUGAUAGAUGCAUUUGACAAAAUAUAAGAAUAGCAUUAAGCUUAAAAAUUCGAUAUUUUUAAUCAAAUUCUAGAAACAGGAAUGUUAACCACUAAAGGUUCUUAGAAAAAAUGCUCUUUCUAAGCAAGUAGAAUAAAUAAAUAUGAAUCUGACUAAAGUCUAAACAGAAAUAAUUUUAAUAGCAACGAAAAUUUAAAAAAAACAAAUUUUGAUGAAAGUAAAGUAAGCAGUUCUAAAAGGCUUUCAGACUGUAGGUAUUGCCCUCCCCAAGAUAGCAACAAAAAAUAAAUGCAUAGCUCUUCUCACUCUCAUUUAUCUUCCUCAAAUAAAUAUUCAAAUCUUAGUGAUUAUUCUAACUCUGUAAUAAAAUAUGGAAUAUGA